CGUCUAAAUAAGACACUGAAGCUGAUGUAAGACGAAUGCUACAGCGGAGACGGCGGAGGUGUGCUGCCUAUGAAAGGAUAGAUUGCAGCAGCAUUAAUUUCAUGGGGACAACAUUUGAUUCCUACAAACAAAAUAUCAUUGGCACGGCUCCAGGCAAUUUGGGAGCCAAACAGAAUUCAAGAGCAAAGGGAUCGGCAUGUAGAAGCCUUCGAUUGAGUCUCAAGAUGGAUAUGAUUUCUUGGGGAGAAAAGCAAUUCAACGAACGGUUUAAGAAAAAGAAGGAGAUUCUGCAGAGGAUGGAAGCAAAAGCUGCAGGGGAAAGAGCGGAAACAAGCCACAUGAGAGAGGAAGUGGCAGAAAUGGUAGAAGCAGUGGAGGAGAAAGAAGCUGAACUGGAGCUUUUGGGGAUGCUACAUAACCAGCUUUUCGUUGACCUGCUUCACAUCUUAGAAGCAGAAGAAAGGCUCAUGGAGAUCCUGCUAUCUUAAAGCAGAGAAAGAAAAUAUUACAAGUUAAACCACACCAGACUCUGCUUUUAUCUUCCAAUACUAUUUCUCCCUCAAUCUGUGUAAAUUUGUGUUCAUGAUAGACCUCAACCUCUAGGUUUUGUGAGGCCAAACAAGAAAAACUCCUAGGGUACUGCUCUACCACCUGUAUGUAUAUUCUAUUUUUCCUUAAAUCUGUAUAAAUCUGUGUCUCUUCUGUUCAUGUUAAUAAGAUGUUGUAAUCUCUAUGUUCUGUUUGGCCAAAAAAGAGUCUGUAGUCCCUACCUAGUCCCCACUUUACCUGUCUAUACUAUUUCUCCUGUAUCUGUAUAAAAUUUUUAUGUGUCUGUGUUAAUAAAAACUUUUAAUUUCU